CAAAUUAAUAUUUGUUGUGAUUGUACAAUAUGAAUUUAUAAAAUAGGAUUUUUACGUUAUGUAGAUAAGUCGUAUGUGAUAUUAGAUGAAAUAAUAGUAAACCAUCAAAAAAUAGAAUGGUUUACUAUUACACAUCAGGAAAUGUGAAGAUGGUAAGAAAUAUAUUAAUUGAUUAUGGCUCUGCGGUGGCAGUUGCGCCCCACGAAUACAUGAAGAUGUACAUCGAGAAGUGUCCGAAAGACACGGAAGAUUCCAAACUAGGCUGGGUUGCCGAAACGUUUCUAGGUAUUCAGAAGCAUGGUCAGUUCUUGAAAGACAUAGCUUUUCACCUGCGUGAGGAUCUUUCAGGUGAAGACAAAGACUUUUUCAUGAUUUUGCUGCACGCUGUAAUCUUUCAAAUCAAACCUAAGGACGUGCAUCUUCUUUACAAAUGUCUGUUUAAUUUAAGCAAGCCUUUGUUGGAUACGUUUACUUCCUUCUUCAGAAACAACGAAGUGUUGACUUUUUUGGCACACGUUGGUGAAGAUUAUUAUGAUGCAAAUUAUAUUACCGCAAAAAUUACAAGUCCCUUAUAUGCGUGGCAACCUCACAUGAGCGAAAUGGCUAAAACUUUUGCAGCAUAUGUUAAGAAAAUGGAAUCCCGUAGGAUAAAGCCACUAACUGUGCCAAUAGCACCUACUGUGUUGAAUAGGAAAGGACUACGUUCAGCCAGUCGCGCAACUCGUCCUUUACCUUCAUCACCAGUCUCGUUACCUCAAGUGUCAAAACCUAAAACAAAACGGAUUGUAUCCAGAAAUGAUUUAGAUGAAAAAUUGAAAAAAAGCUAUGAGAAAAAUAAACAGAAGGCCAACUAUUUAUUAAACGAUGUUAAAAAUAUAGAAUGUCAUUAUGCUAUGGAUAAAUCGAAAGCAUAUUUUCAAAAACUACAUAGUAUUGAAGAAGAAAUAAAAGACUCAAUAAAGCCAUUACCGAAAGUACAAAGCACAUACUCAAUAAAAAAAAUAUGCCGACCAGUUAGAGAAACUGCAGCCACCAUCAAGCGGCUGAAUAAAAGAAUUCAAUUAGCUGAACAAGAAGAAGUUCAAUGGUUUAACAAUGUUAUAAACUGCAAAAAUACUGCAAAAAUUGAGGAAUUACAAGAAUUUAACCGCCAAGAGAACGAAAGAGAACGAUUACUUGAUAUAGAAAAGAAACAUUUAAAGGGCCAAAUUUCAUAUGAGGAAGCAUUAUUGGCUAAACAAAGAGUCGUUGUUGAAAAUAAAAAGAAAUAUGAACAGUUCCUGAAAGAGAAAGAAAUGUGGAAUGAAGAAAUAGAGAAGUGGAGAAAAAACCAAAUAAUUAUAAAUCGCAAAAAAAUGGAAAAAUUGUCUCUGUUAGAGUUAAAUGUAUUGCAAGCAAAACACAAUAUUGCAUUGAAAAAUAAAGAAGCUGCUGAAAAUUUUAAGAGGCGGAAUCAAAGAUUGUUAGAAAAAGCUUUAAGAGAUAAACAGGAUGAGUUAGACCGCAGAGUCAAAAUGAUAAAGGAGUUUAAAAUUCUUGCUAUAAUAGCGAAAAAAGCAAAAGUACCAAAAAUUAUAGACUUGACAGAAACAUCUGGCUUAGGUUUACUGUGUGAGAUGUCAAUGGCAGAACUUCAAGAAAGAGUAAAUGCAAUGAAAAUAGGUUUACAUGAUGAACUAGAACGAAAAAAAAAUACUAUAAAAGCAGUGAAUGAAGAGAAAAAAGAAGAGUUAAAAGAAACAAAGAAGAACAUCGAAGUUUACAUGAACGAAAAAGCUACAUUGAGAAGAAAUAUCAAAACUAACACUUCUAGCACUCAAAAUGCGUCUUCAAAGGAAAUAGACGAUUUGAAGAAAACUUUAAUGGAAAAACGGAAAUUAAGAAUGAAAAUGUCUAAGUAACGUUUCUGUGCGUCUAGUGCGGUACGUGUGAGUUUUUUAUACUAGUUAUAUAUUAAAUAUAUUAAAACCGGUUCAGUCACGUAUUUUAAGUCGAAAAACGCUCGACAUGUCGACGUGAGUGACCCGUUUUUAAUUUAUUUAAUAUGUCUGUGUCUCAGGGAAGUUUUAUUAAUUUAAUUUUAAUGAAUUUAGAAACGAGUAUCUGAUUUCUUUUUUGUAAUACAUAUGUAUAGUUAUAUAUAUCUCUGUGUAUAUUAAUAACAUAAUAGCUACAAUUAUUUAUUUUAUAACAUAUUCAAGUUUUUCAAUUCGAAAAUACUGCCAAAGAGAUUUUUAUGUAUUAUGUAUGAAAUAAGUAGCUUUUAUGAGUAUGAUCAUAUGUCAGUGACAUAAUAACUUUUUUUUAUUAAAAAUAAUUAUAUACUUUGUUUUAGUUACUUAUCCAUUACUGGAUAUUUGUCGAAUUUUGUAACCGGGCUCCUUUGUGUCAAAUCCGGUAGUUCUGAUUUUUUGCAGACUUAUUUAUGAUGUUGGCCCAAUGAAUAAUACAAGUUUGUGACUUCGAGCGCCGAAGGCAACUUUGACAAAUAUUAUUUUACAUUUGGGCGAUUAUAACCCUAAAGGACUAGUUUUUGAUAGUGCCUUCUUUAAAGUGGACUAGAUUGGCUACAGUACGAGACUAGAAUUGUCUCUGUACAUUUAAUAGCUUGGCACAAUUGUUUCUAAGGUCAAAAAAAGCUGAUUUGAGGCGGUAGACACGAGAUCGUGCCGUGCCUGCCCCUCAAAAAGGGGGAAAUGGUCGGCUGCUCAGGUGCAAUCUAUGCUAUAUGUCUUCCUGCUCUUAGUAACUAGGGCAAGUUAUAUAUAUACUUUUCAUAUAAUUUAAGGACGAACACAUUAUAUUCAUACUUUUAAAACGCCAAGUUAAGUGUUUUUUUUUCCAUUUUUAACCUUUGACUUUGGCCAUAAUUACAUUUCUAUGGAAAUCGUCACUCAAUCCGCUACAUAUUUUUCCAAAAAAAUGUAUGACUGCCUGCUUUGAAGUGAUACUUUAUAGAAUAAGGAAUCCCUAAAUUAUAUGAAAAUUAUGUAUUACUUGCCCUAGUUGCUAAGAGCAGGAAGAAAUAUAGUAUAGAUUGGACUUGGUGACCCGACCCUUGCGCCUCCCUUUUUGGGGGGUAGGCACGGUACGAUCUCAAGCUACCUGGCACCUGGCCAAAUCAGCUUUGUUUGACCUUAGGAACAAUCGUUCCAAGCUGCAUCGCCUGAGACAAAAGUGCAUACUCACCGCACUUACUUACCCUACGAAUACAAUUUCAAAAAAUUAAAAAAAAUUGAUAGGUUUUAUUUCGGAAACUACUAGAUGUACAGAGACAAUUCUAGUCUCGUAUCGUAGCAAAUUUAGUCCACUUUAAAAACGCCCUGAGAAGGCACUAUCAAAAACUA